UGAGGAAUGCGGUACUUUUAAAAAUUACGUUACUACGUUGUGCUUGUAUAUCUUAGGGAAUAAUUAUGUGUUCCGCAGUUGAUCGUACCUCUGAUUUUAUACGUUCCGUUCAACUUAAUCGAUCGAAAUUAAAUGACUUAAAACGUCAAGAUGAUUUAUCAUCCAAUUCACUUGGAAAUCAAUUUACAGAUCAUACAUCUUUGGGACUAUCUAAAGCUAACUCCAAUGACCCAGUAAAUGAAAAUACUAUUCCCAGUAAAUCUAAUGUUCCAAAUGGAUUAAUAAAAAGUCAAGAUUAUUCAUUGGAUAAAAAAAAAUCUACUACUCUACUUAGUCAACGAUCACAAUUUAUGAAAGCAGCAUCAAUGAUUAGUCAAGAUUUGACGAAUACAUUUUCUAAAUUAGAACAAUUAAAUGCAUUAGCUCGUAAACAAACAUUAUUCGAUGAUCAUAGUGCAGAAAUGCAACAUUUAACUUAUGUUAUCAAAGAGUCUAUAGCAAAUUUGAAUAAUCGUAUUGCUAAUUUACAAGAAAUUUCCAAAUCUCAAUUAUCUAAUGGGAAACAACAAUCUACACAUUCUCGUUCUGUAUUGAUGGUUUUACAAACACAUCUUGCUAAAAUGUCUAAUCAAUUUCGAGGAGUACUUGAGUAUCGUUCAGAAAAUCUCAGAGUACAAAAUGCACGUAAAAGUAAAUAUAGUUCAUUGAAUGAUAUGUAUAAAUCAUCGGAAACACUAUCAACAUCAUCAUCAUCAACAUCUGGAAAACCUCCUCUGCCACAUGUUGUUAUUCCGUCAGUUUUGUUAAAAGAUGAUGAACGUGCUAGAGAAGCUUUACUUAGUGAAAAACAAGGAAAUGAUGGAUUGGAUGGUUUAGGCAGUUUAGGAUCAUCUUCUAUCCCGAUGAAUUCAAAUUUAGGACUUGCUCAAAAAUAUAUCAAUCCUGAUCAAACUGAUUCGUAUUUAUUAUCUCGAUCAGAAACAAUGCAAAGUAUUGAACAUACAGUGAUUGAAUUAGGACAGAUUUUUCCAACAAUUAGCUACUAUGGUUA